AUGGGCGACGUCGCCGCCUCAGCGUCCUACCCGCGGCUGGAGAGGCGAUGGCGGCCGUUCUGUCCCAGCAGCUCCAGGGAGUGCGGCACCUGCUUCAACGAGUUGAUAUCCCAGGGGACGGCCACUGCCAGUACCGUUCAGUCUCGGUCCAAGUUCGGGGCCGAGGGUGCGGGUUUCAAGGCCACGUCCAGUCUCGCUUCCCGCAAGAGAGCGUACCGGGAGGACCCGGUCUUGAUCCAGCGGGAACAAGAGCGUGACGCUGCCCGCAUGAAGACACAGCGCGACGACCCGGUCUUGCUCCAGCGGGAACAGGAGCGCAACGCUGCCCGCAUGAAGACACAGCGCGACGACCCGGCCUUGCUCCAGCGGGAACAGGAGCGCAACGCUGCCCGCAUGAAGACACAGCGCGACGACCCGGCCUUGCUCCAGCUGGAACAGGAGCGUGACGCUGCCCGCAAGAAGACAGAACGCGACCAGAAACGACGCGCUCUUCCUGACCCUGCAGACGCCCUCGCAUUGCUGGACCGCCUCCACGAGGAAUCCGGGUAUCAAGUCUCCAGACACUCUCGGCGCCUCCGCGACACGUCCGCGACCAUGCCUCCCGCAGACCGGCUAGCGCAGCGGAUCGCUGACGACGUGCUUCAGUACUGCACUGUCACGGAGGAGGACAAGCGCAGACUUGUCUCGUCCUAUGCCGACGCGAUGUCCCACGACGCGCUCCUGCCAGGAUGCGGGACUUGCGGGCGCCGGGAUCCCCAGCACCCCGCCGAAGGGACGUGCACGUUGGAGCCUCUUCCUGCAGACCACUGGAUACGAUAUUCCGAAGCCGACAUGCAGACGUUGAACAGUAUGCCAGCCGUCACGCUGGUGAACGAAGAUGGCGCCCACCGCGUCGUCGAAACAUCUUUGCUGAAGAGCCACUGGCGGGACCCUCGAGGCAACGUCUUCCACGUGCACCCAGAGCUAGUAAACGAUGGUGGCGAGGGUCAGCACUUCGUGUUAUUGUGCCCUGUGUGCUCUAGAGCAGCCGUCCAAAAGAGCGCACCUCCACCGCCUUUCACGAUAGCUGCUGGCGUGGACUUUGGCCUCCUCAGUCGGCUCGGCAUGGAUGCCCCUUCCGAACUCGAGGCUCUCGCUCUGGCUGACGUUCGCGCGUGCAGUCCCGUGGCUAAAGUUCACGUGCCGCGCAGCCGCGCAACGCAGGCGUCCCGUACGCUGCUCCGCGGCCACAUGAUCUCCUUCCUCCGAGACGGACCGGCUGUGUUGGGUAAGCACUUCGACGACGCUCGUUUGGCGAACCUCUUGGCUAACGUGCAGCUGGUGUUCGUUGGGCCCAACGGAAAGACAACGGACCUCGAGCGUCGGGCCCUGGCUGUGCCUGCGCUGCAGAUGCGCACACACGUCCUCUACAACCACCUUGCUGUGCGACGUGUCCUCGGGCACGUCUCCGACAUCAGCCGGCCGUCUGUCGAUGACCUGGGGAGCCUGCUCGCGUCCUUGCGAGCGCGGCUCGCUGCCAGGGCUCGGCACGUCGCCGACGACGCUGUUGAACAGGCCAGCAAGCCGUCUGACGUAGCGAACGCGAGAGACGUGGCAAUGCACGAGGACAUCCAAGCCGUGCACCUCCCCGCGCCUUCCACUGAAGAGCAGGGGCCCUCAGUCAGCCUUGAUCCAGUCGGCGUGCUCGCGCAAACUACAGAUCCCGUCACAGGCACCAUCUUCGACGGUCUCAUGGGCGUCCUACAAGGAGGAUCUGAUGAGCACGGCGACGACGCGCCCAAGCAGCCGUUGGGCGGGGGCGACGCCGGACUUGGGGACGGAACCGACGACAUCCUGCGGGAGCGCACGUGCGCGCGGGAGUUGCGGCCCAUGAACGAGUUCACAAAUAACGAUGACAUCCUGUACGGUGCAUUCUGGUACCUGUUCCCUCUGCGUCAGGGACUGCGUUCCAAAGGCUCGGUGAACUUCCACGAUUCCCGCCACCUGCUCACGCAGUUCCACAACGCUUUCGCACAGCAGCCAAGCUUCCUUUUCUUGCUUGCCAAUCAGAUUCAGAGGCAUGCUGCCGCCAAGGGCGUCGGGCUGCGCGUCAAGACUGGCGCCUACGUGGAGCGCGCGCGGGCUGCCGAAGAGGACCCGACAAGCAAAGGCGCACGAGAUCUCCUGAAGCAAGUCAUGCGUUUCACGGCAACCGCGGGCAAGGUGGUGCCGUGGAGCGGAGAAGAUCGAGCCGGUGAGAUUACAAAGCUGUAUGCCAUGUGGCGUCGGUUCGGCCCUGCCUCCGCCUUCCUCACUUGCGCUCCCGACGGCGUCCACCAACCCAAGGUCAGGGGCCUCCGCGCGACGUGGCCGCCGGUCGCGGCGUCUCUGCGCCGGGGGCAGCGGGGGCCUUCUUCGAGGAGCAGUGGCGACGCGCCAGGCCGUGGGCUGGCUGCAGCGUCUCCACGCUCUGGGCGAUCGGGCCGCCGUUUGCCGUCGGCGGAGAUCACCUGCGAACCGGGCGCGCGGUCGCCAGCGCAGAAGCCCCUCUGCAAGGCCAUCCAGCUGAGCUACCGCGCUGGCCGGGCCGACGCAUUUCCCACUUGCCCAGCAACUCUACUUCCCGUCCUCCACGGAGAUGCAAGCGAAGAAGCCGUCCAGAGAUUCUGCGAGGACUCCCUGGCGUGCGCGCCAGAUGCAUCGCACAAGCUCGCUUUGGACGGAUCCUUCCUGCAGACGCUGGCAACCAUGAACCCAGUGGCCACCACCCUGGUGCACGAACAGAUGGCUGAGUCUAUCUUCGCAGAGCUCGUGGGCCUGCCCCCCAAUCACCGGAAAAAGAAGACUGUUGACGCAGAGAGCGUACCUAGGGGCUUCCUCGGCACAUCUUUCGGCUGGAGCUUCGUGCACGAAACGAACCACAAGAAGUCUUUCCAUUUCCACGCCUCCGUCCACGCCGGCGCCUCCCCCGCGCUCUUGGCCGACGUGGCCGGCUUCCCGGCGUUGCAGGCAUUGGUGUGUCGGGCCUGGGACACCGUGUGCCGCGCCUACGUUUCCCCGGAGAUCCAUGCACUGGACCUGGCUCGUCGCCUCCUCCGCCAGCCCGCCGCGAAGUUACCGUACUUCCAGACGCGCAACGUGGAGGGCGACGCGGAGAGCCUUUCCUUCGACAUCGGCGCUGCCAUCACGGCCGUCACGACUGGUCUACAUCAACACGCCAGCACGUGCCACAAAGGAGCAGCAGGGAAGGACGGCUGCCGAAUGGCCCGGCCAGCAGGCCACCCAGUGCCGGAGACGCGCGCGCUGUCUGUCAAGUUAGUCGAUGACUCUGCCGCGGACAGCCCCGAAGCCGAUGAGAGCGUUCUUGCCCAGGGAGCCUGCGCGAAUUGGGAGUGUGCCGAUUGCCGUGCAAAUUCCAAGUUCCAUGCUCGCCCUCCCGCGCAGCUGUCCGACAGAGACGCCGGUGCUUGCUUGUCCUAUGAGCUCUGCCGGCCCCGCAUCGCCGCUGACGGCGUCGCGUGCCGGACUCUGCGUCAAGUUCUGGGACUCGCUGAAGCAGACGUUGACGCCAUGGCUGCCUCGGAGGCGAUCAAAAUUGUUGCCAGCGUGCGCCGUGAGCUGGGCGACCUGCUCGCGCGUCGGGAUUUCCCCCCCGCUCUCGGCGAUCGCAUGGCAGAUUGUUCCGAGGAGGAGGCGUUCAAGCUUGUGCGCGCUUGGCGCGGCAUGACCUGCCGGAACGCUUGGCUGGUGGAGUACUGCCCGAUCCUGUCUGGAUGCUUGGGCUGCAACACGGCGCCGUUGCUCCUGGGCGCCGGGGAGUCCGCCCAGGCAGCAGGAAUGUACAUGUGCAAGUACAUGGUGAAAGACGCCUACGAGCUGGCGGCCUCCCUCUCCGUCCUCGCAGACGCCCGAGACCACAUUGACCGCUACCCUUCCAGUGCAGUCGACGCUGACACAAGCGACAGGGCGGCUAAACACUUCUUGCAACGUGUGCUCAACUCGGCCGCCACGGAGCUCGCCCCCACACAGGCGGCGGCCAUCGCUCUGGGUACGUCUUCCAGUGGCCACUCGCACAGCUUCGUGAACGCCUACGUUUGGGACGCCGUGCACCUGCUACUGGAGAUCCAGCGCGGCGGCUGCCUAUUGUCGACAGCGUCAGCCUCCCCGGUCGCCGACGAGCCCCCUGCCGCAUGCGCGUCGUCGGGAGGCGGGGAACACGGCGGACGCGCUGAACGGGGCGCCCCAGAUGUGGUCGACGCGGCCGAGCAGCUGGACGCCCCUGUCCGGCAGGGCACGUGCAGCAUCUACAAGACUGUCGACGGGGAGUCUAUCGCUGUUUCCCAGGCGGAGCACUACGCACACCGAUCCUUGCAGCUGCUGCCCCUCAGCUUUGACGAGUUCGUCAUGUCUAUGCAGGUUGCCAAGAAGGCGCGCAGGGACCAACGAGACCAGAAACCAGGGAGGCGCCCGAACCCCACCUACGAACUCCUGGAGCCGCACCCCCUGGCAGGGCAGUACGAGAUCGAAGCCAAGGCAAAGUUUGACGUGCCCAUCUUUGUUGGGCAGCCGCCUCCGCGAAUCCCGCCGCUGCUGAAAGACGCGAGAGGUGAGGCGACGGCUGCGCGGCAGCGCAAGGAGCGAUUGCACGCGGAGUACUUCAUUGCCGUGUUUGCGCCUUGGCACGCAAGCACUGCCACAGGAGUCGACUGCACGCUCCACGGCUGGCAAACCUUCCUGGCCCGUCUCGAGGCCGAGGCCGCCGGGCGCCCACCCGCCGCGACUCGAAUGCGCGGGAAGACUCUUCCUGUGGAGGACGUCCAGAGUCGGAUUGCCCAGGGGCGUCUGUUUCGAAUCGAGCAAGUGGGAUAUGCACUCACCUCCAGCACUACUCAGGCGAAGGCCAUGAACGCAUGGCGGAGUCGCAACCGCACGCUGUGGAAGGAUGACCCCCUGGGCCCUGCUGCAGACGCGGCCGACGCCGGCCAGGGCGCGCCGCCCAGGAAGGCCGCGGAGGACAUCGCGGAUCUCAAAGCUCGCGCCGCUCGCAGGGCGGACAUUCGAGCCGUCAGUCGGGCCGCCCAGGCCGAGACUUGGGGCGAAGACAACUUCGCGUCUUUACGGCGGCUUUCGGCUACAGCUUCCUCGAGGGCGACCUCGCCGACCUGGCCGGCAGACGCCCCGUCGCGGACGGGCCGCGUGAGCAUGAGGUUCCAGGAGAGUGGAGACCGGUUGGCUGCGGUGCUGCAGACGAUCAGUAACCCCCGCUCAGUGGACGAGAUUCCCCAGCGGCAGUUCGCCAGAGAUCACCUGGCCGUGCAGCAAUGCCUGGCGCGGGCGCGGGCGGCGAACACGUCGCGCUGCACUGCCGCGGAAAUGUUGGACGCGGCCGGCCUGUCGCAGAUACAUCUGCUUCAAGGGGCCGGCGGCGUCGGCAAAAGCGUGCUCCUCGGAGCUAUGAAGACUGUCAUCGCCGAGCAGCAGCUGGGCGUCAUGGCUAUCACUGCGUGGACCGGAGUCGCGUCCGCGCCCCUCGGGUCCCCGACGCUGUGCUCCCUCCUGAAGAUCGAUUUCGCCCGCCUGUCGAACGCGGCAUCCAUGACGGACGACGCGAUACAGGCUCUUCGGGCGGAUUUCACUCAGGCUGUGUGCCGCCCGGAAGACGUGCUGGUCCUCAUCAUCGAUGAGUGCUCCUUCCUCGUCGCCGAGGCCCUCAGUCACGUCGACGUGCAGCUGCGGCGUCUCGUGAACGAGCCAGACGCUCCUUUCGGCGGGAUUGCCGUGAUCCUCGUGGGCGACUUCAGGCAGAAGCCCCCGCCUGGCGGGAUCUCCAUGGCCGAGCAGCUCGCCGCGUCGGAGGUCCCCGAGUUGAUGCGCGGCCCCGCUCCGCUCGACCCGACCAGCUCGAAGGCCAAGGGCUUAGCGCUCUUCCGACAGGCUCUCGGAGUUGCUGCAGCUGCGAGGCCAGUCCCUUCAUCGUUGAUCAACCAUCUCAGGGAAGUUUCUCCCGAUGACGUGCGGUCCGAUCCGGCCUGGGCCUUCGCGACCAUUGCAGUGCUGUCCAACUACGAGCGGCAUCAGCUGAAUCGCUUGCAGGUGGAAGCCUUCGCGAAGGCUUCCCAGCUUCCGCUGAUCACCUGGAAGUGCCCCUUGACAGGCAAGGCUGCUGAGCUCCUUGACAGCGCCGACCUCGACGAGGCCUACGACAACGAGCCCGGGUUGUGGGGGUACUUCGCCAGGGGCGCUCCCGCCAUGCUCACCGAGAAUAUACAGCCCACGAAGUUCUUGGUGAAUGGGGCAUGCGGGUACAUGCACUCCCUUACAUUGCAAGGGGACCUGGGGGAAGAUCUUGACAUAGGCGAGCCCUGCCCCGAGUUUCGGAGAAUGGUGCUGGAGGAACCCCCGCUGUGCAUCAAUGUCCAACUCUCUCUUCCAGACGGCGACGAUGGCGCGGGGAUCGAGAGCCUCGUGGACGACGCCGUCGUGGUGCCCAUUCUCUGCAGCAAGCAUCCGAAAGAGCAUGACAUGACGUCCCUGUUCUCCUGCGUCAAGGCCAUGCCUAAGAACGUCCGGCAUCGCGGCCACGCGAUCACGUUCGCCUUCGCCGUGACAGACUACAAGCUGCAGGGGAAAACCAAGGACAACCUGAUCCUGAGCAUCGCGCCGCGGCCUUUUCCGCCACAUUUGGAUUUGAAGGGGUUCUACGUCGACGUCUCCCGCGUGCGCAAGCGCAGCGGCCUGCGGGUGCUGCGUCUGCCACCGCAGAGGAUGGGCGGACUCAAGCACCUGUACAAACUGCGCUACCGUGUCGCCGCCGAGGCGCGGUCGCCGUUCGUCCUGACGCAAUGUCUGUUCAAGCCGCGCGUGUUCACGUGA